GCCAUGUCCUCGCCCUGGUAUCUUCCAAAGACCAAAUUCUUCGAUCAUUUUUCUUAAUCAUUUUUAAAUAGUUUGCAAUGUAAAUACACAUUUAUUUGAAGAUAAACAUAAUAGGUAAAUAAAUAAGCCCGCAUUCUGUGAGCACUCAAGAAGCGUUUUGGUGUCCAAGACAAACCACGCUAUCACCUCGAGCCUCCAUUUUGGUUUGGUGAGUGCUGGUUUAAUGUUAAAACUACACUACACUACUACACUAAUGCAGUUUUAUUAACGACACGUUUAGGAACAAUCAGAUAUUUUUUUUCCUCAUAAAAAUUUAUUGACGGACUUGAAAGCAUGCACCACCACUUGCUGAAUAUAAUCCCUAUUGUGGCCAAGUGCUCAAGCACCGUUUCACACCUCCUCGAAUAUUUCUUAAAACUCCGUUUAAUGAGGGCUGCCCCGAAUAGGGUUUAUUUAAAACUGAUAGUAACCAAAGUUUCAAUAAGAAACAUCAAACCAAAAUCCUACAGCUUAACCACAAAUAAUUCAGUUUUAUUCAUGUUUCAAAAAAGUAUGCCUCUUACAGUAAUUAGUUAGAAAAUAUAAAUGAGCUAAUCCAUCAGCGACUUGCACAGAUGAUGGAUUGUUAAUUAUAAUAACAAUGGGGAAAGGAUGCGCAAAACCCAGAUAGAGCAAAGCGAGAAGGCUAUAUGCUCGACAAAGAUGAAUUACAGAGAGAAAUAGUGCCCUUGUAAGAUUAAAAUAUAUAUAUAUAUUUCAUAGAAGCCAAAUGUCUUCUCUCAUCUGAGAAAUACAUAUUAGGGCAAUGUAAUAUCUAUCUCUAGGACAGCAUGUAAGGUUACCUAAUGAAACAUGUGAAUUAAGCAGCCUGCUGCAACCCUGAUAUGAAUUGGUAUUGCAAGACAACCCGCGCAUUGAUCUGCUGUGCACUUUUUCCAAGGAGUAAAUGUAAUCACGUGUUUCAUAGUCGUCCAAUCGCAGCUCGGGAAGCUUUCAGAAAUAAUUACCUGGCUUGAUUGUUCUAUGGGCAGAUAAAAAAAAGUACACAUGCACUCCAUAUAAUAAUCGGAUGCAUGUAAAAGAGACGGAAACAGCGCCAUGUCGACUACGGGUCCCAUAAGUAAUUAUUAUGUGGAUUCCUUGAUCAACCACGAGAGCGAGGAUGUCCUGGCGUCUCGUUUUCCGACUACUGCUCCGAUAUCCUCCGGCUCACGCCCGACGCCUCUCGUACCGGAGUGCGUGGAUUAUCCGUCGUGCAGCUUUGCCCCGAAACCACCAGUUUUCACUACCUCUUGGGCCCCUGGUCAUUCACAGUCGUCGGUGGUUUACCACCCGUACACACACCAACCUCACUUAGGAACGGACUCGAGGUAUGUCCGCUCGUGGCUAGAGCCUAUUCCUGGUACUGUGUCCUUUCCAGGCUAUGCAGCUAACAGCAGGCACUAUGGACUAAAGCCUGACGCCCUUCAGGAUCCCCGAACUACAGACUGUUUAGCUUCAAAUGGACGCACCUAUUCGGAUUAUGUCUACUGUUCGGCGGUCGACAUCAGGGACAAGCAGCAGAAUGCAUCUUCGCCCGAGUCUGAGAUCGUUUCUUCUGGAAAGCACAAAGACGAGAAAGCUGAACUGGACCCAAAUAAUCCCGUGGCCAACUGGAUCCACGCGCGCUCCACAAGAAAGAAGCGAUGCCCUUAUACAAAAUAUCAAACACUUGAACUCGAAAAGGAAUUUUUAUUCAAUAUGUAUCUAACAAGAGACCGGCGAUACGAGGUGGCCAGAGUGCUGAACCUGACGGAAAGACAGGUCAAAAUCUGGUUUCAGAACCGACGAAUGAAGAUGAAGAAAAUGAACAAGGAAAAGAGCGACAGCAAAGAAUAAAUGGUCCAAAACUUUUACUGAAUAUAGACUGAAGGAAAGAUUCAAAUUUUUUUGUCUUAAGUCUUAACAAUGAUCGCCUUCCUUGCAACAGGAACAGAAAACACCAAGACACAAUGAUAGUGAUCUUGAAAUGGUGUAAUUAUGAUUUCUUGUGACUGCAAUUUUACCAACCUUUGUUUGUAUUAACCCUAUAAGUAAUUGCACAUCUCAGCCAAUUUGGAUUUAGAUUACGUUUCUUGAUUUUACAUUCUUUAAGAAUUGCCCCAGGCAUAGAAGCAAGACAAUACUUGAAACCCUCAACGUCUAAACUUCGUAAUUUAUAAUUUUUACCUGAAUGUUUCUCCUAUGUGUGUUUUGAUUAUUUGUUAAAGGUGUAGAACUUUGAUAUUUUGUAACGAGUAACAUAGUUUGCGUCAAUGUGCUCUUGCUGUUUUUAAUGUAC